UGUUGCUUCCUGGGAGAAUUCAGCGAGACAAAUCAAAAGAAGACAGAAGAAAUAGAAGAGAUGGAAAGAAGCCCCGCAGCCCAGUUUACUUCUUGGUCCAUGUACAGCGCAGCAGCCCACCAACACCAGCGCUGCACAUCUGCUCCUCCUUCGUCGUACGGCAGUGCAUCCAGGCAUCCUCACAUCGCUGUCACGUCGAUGGGACGGCUGCUGCUUCUUCUGCCUUCCCUAUAAAAUUCCUCUUGCCUCCAAGCCUGCAACCCUAGCCUAUUGCCCCUCCUUUCUCUGCCGCCGCCGCUCUUGCUCUUGCUCUCUGCCUCUGCACCACCACGGCCACGCGCGCCUCCCUGCGGCUGCACUCCGUUCCGUCGGCCUCCUACCAAACGCUCCGGUUACCGUCCGAGCUGGUCGCCGCCAGCAGCGUAUCCAAGUUCUGCACCGCGCCUUCGUCUGCCCGCGUUCCCUUCGAGCCCCGACGCGCCGAUCUUCCUCUCUGCGUCCAGGCGCUGCUCCGCGCCGUCGCCAUGACCUCCAGGAUGUCGCUGACGUCCGUGUCGUCGUCCCCGACCUUGCAGCGGUGCGCCUCGUUUUCCAGAGCGCCGCCUGUGCUCUUCUCCGUGCCGUCCCUGCCGCCGUCGACCCGGACGUCCACGACCAUGUCCGCCUUCAGCAACUGCGAGUGCCUGGCUGUUUCUCUCGGUGUCUUUGUCGCCAACUCCCUCCGGUUUCUCCAGGACGUGGUGCUCCACUUCAUCCCCUUCACACAAGCCAGUAACGAACGCCGGUAUCCAAGCCACGGCAUGGCAAAGCGCAGAACGCCGUCGACGCCUCCGGCCGGCCGGCUCCGUCUGUUUCCGUCGCCCGACAGCGUCCCUACCUCUGCAUCCGCGUCGUGCAUGGGCAAGCCGGCUAAUGAGACAAGUCUCUGCCUUGUUCGCUCAAUUAAAUUGAGCAUUCCAAAUCGACGUGAUCUGAAGCCAGGCGUACUGCCGGGAUCAGUUCGUAGCCCCAGCGCAGCAGCACUUUGCUCCCUGUCAGCGCCUAGUCGCCCCUGCCCUCCGCAGCAUUUGCUUCUUCCCGGAUAGGAUCACGAAGUGGUGUGGUGAGAUACGACGAGUUCUCCGGAUGUUCCUCAGCAAGCUAUAACAGGUAUGAAGAUAUGUUCGAUGAAGACGACGCUAGCAAGGUUACCCUUCCG